AACAGUUCACAGCACAUCAAAGGCAUUGCCAUGCACUGACGAAGGUUUUUCAUUACGAACAAGUGAAAAUUAUCACAAAAUUUCAAUGUAUAUAAAUUCAUUAUCAGCAACUAAAUCGGUGUAUCAGGUGUCCAUUAUAAAAAACAUUAUUGGAUCAAUUGGAGUUACAAACGGAAUGAAAAAAAUUCUCAGCGAUAGCGUCAUGGUGCAGUUAAAUUAUGAUGGACUGCAAGACAAGGUGGCAUCCAAGAAGUUUGAGUGCCUUAAUAAUGCCAUAUAUGAAGCAAUGCAAGUGGAAGGUUUCUCUAAAGGCGAUUAUGAGCGGGAGCUCAAAAGAGCUUUCAAGAUGGGUAAAAACCGAUAUCACAAAGCGAUCGAUAUGGAUGCAGAGAUGACCACUGCACCUACGCCCACUGUAGGUUCGGCCGUCACUGUUCCGCCUCCCUUUCAGAGGAGUCCCGCUUCUGGCGCCAUCGUCAUAUAA